UAAAAUAUUAUGUGUCUUGUGCUCCUGUGUGACAGUCUCAAUAAAAGCUGGCCUGAAUACACGAGUAAUGCGUGAGAUGUACCGGAGCUAUGUGGAGAUGCUGGUCAGUACUGCACUUGACCCCGACAUGAUUCAGGCCCUAGAGGACACAGAAGAUGAGUUAUAUCUCCCUCCAAUGCGCAAGAUUGACAGUCUUUUGAGUGAACAGAAAAGGAAGCUUUUAAAAAGAGUCAAUAUGAACUCCCACCAUCAGGAAGCUCUUCAUAAUUUCCCGCAGAUAAUGGCAGAGCCUCUGGACUUGGGGGCAGUGACGGUCAGAUUGGGUGGGGAAUGCUACAAUCGCAAAACCCUGAACAGAAUUAAAAAGAGUGUACCCAAACCACAGGACCUCAAGUUGUCGACAGAAACAUGUCGAAUCUACAGUCUGUAUCAUUCACUGCAUCAUUAUAAAUAUCACACCUUCCUACACUGUAAGAAAGAGACAAACACUAUAGAGCAGGCUUCAGAAGAUCCUGGGCAAGAGGAAGUUGUUCAGCAGUGCAUGGCUAAUCAGAGCUGGUUGGAGACACUCUUCAACUCUUUCUUAGAACUGAUGGCACUUAGUGCCAAAGCGUAAAAGAGGCAAAGAAAGGGGGACCAUAAAAAAGUACAAAUUUUGGAAACAGGAAGGUCUCAAGGUACAAAGAGCUGGAUUUACUGUUGCCUAGCCCCCUUGCUUUCUCGUUUUACAGAAUCUUUUCUACAAGUGGCUCUUAAAGAGUGGCAACAGCAGAGAACUGGGCACUGAGCCCAGUGAGCUGCCACUGACAAAUUACUCUUUACGAACAUCACAGUUUUUAGACAAAUGGAUGACCACACUGACAUCACUUUUGAUAUAGGUUGACUUUACCGAAUUUACUGAAACAGAAAUGGUACAAAGAACUGUUGAUCUAUGGUUGAAGAUAUAUAUUAUGUGGAAUCUUAAUCCUAUAUAAAUAUUAAAUAAUCAACUGGUUUAUAAUGUGGAAAUUAACAGGCAUAAAGAGUUUCCCUCAUUUCAACACUAGGAAAAAGCCUGUUACUGAUUAGAAAUAUACUUUUUUAAGAAAAUAACUUUUCUUUUUUUCCAAAUGAGGGGUUGAAGAUUCAGUUUUAUAAAUGAGCGAAGAGUAGUGUGCAAUUGAUAAAGCUGACAUGAAAUGGACAAAAAGUGCAACAACAACGUUGCCAUGACAUUCUAUGCUUUAGUAUUCAUAUAUAAAACAAGAGAUCUAAAGUAAUACAUUUUUAUUAUUUAUCAAGGCCUUUUUAAUGCACAUACAAUCCAAAUAAUGAACACUUUAUAACAGUUAAAAUAAUAUUACUUCAAAUGUUAUAAAUGGAACUAUUGCCACAUCCUAAGCUGUCUUCCGUUUUGUUCAUCAAAGCUGGGUGGAUACAAGGGAAAUGUAUUACUGUUUUUAUACAGAGAAUAACAAACAGUAGAACAAACAUAUUUCAAGUUACAUGGUAUUAUUGCAGUACAUUCUAUAAAAAAUAAAAUUUAAAGCAAGAGUUGAGUAUCUGGCUCCCAUUGGGGGGGGGGGUGUAUUAGACUUAUUUAACAUAGAACUUUUGUUGUUUUAUUUGUUUGCCUUUUGUCUGUAUUUUAAGUGUUAUUUUGGAACAGCCUAAUACUGUGCUUCUUUCAAAAGUUAUGCCUUUGUGUAAAUAUUGUACAGCUCCUGACUAAAGUCUCCCAAUUCCUCUGUACAUUGAUUUUCUCCCUGUAUUUGACAAGCAAAUAAAUCCAUCAACUAUACUGUCUCAAAGAAUUAACUUGUGUAGAACUAAAACUGAAAUAAAACUGGGCUUAUGUCUUCCUUGUA